AAAACCCUAGCUUCUCUCAUCAUCCUUCAGACUGUGUUCUUCUAGAGAGAGAGAAUGAAGGUGCCGCGGGAGGAGAAAGAGAUGAAGCCCAAAAAGAAAGAAGAGAAUGUAACAAACAUAGAAAUAGAUGACAAAGAAGAUGAUGCUGAUGAUGCUCAGGAAAUUCAUUCUGGUUCCGAUUACGAUGAUGAUUAUAAUGAUGAGGAUUUGGAUGAGGAUGAGGGCACUUUGACAGAAUCAGGAUCGGAACAGAGUGAAUUCUCCGAAAAUGAGCAGGAGAUAGUUAAUACAAGUGAUGAUGAUGGGCCAACUGAUGAUGAUGAUAACAGUCAGCAAGAUCAUGAGGGUACUAAUGAUGAUCAUAGUGAACAACAAGAUCAAAAUGGAAGUGAUGAAGACCAUCAAGGAGUAGACGAGAGUGAUUCAUCUGAAGAUGAGGUUGCUCCUCGUAAUACAAUUGGGGAUGUUCCGCUGGUGUGGUACAAGGAUGAGGAACAUAUUGGGUAUGACAUCACUGGAAAGAAGAUUAAAAAAAAAGAGAGACAAGAUAAGCUGGAUUCAUUUCUUGCCAGUGCUGAUGACUCAAAAAAUUGGCGCAAAAUAUAUGAUGAAUAUAAUGAUGAGGAAGUGGAGUUGACAAAACAUGAGGCUAAACUUAUACGCAGAUUAUUGAAAGGAAAGGCACCUCAUUCUGACUUUGAUCCAUACGCGCCUUAUGUUGAUUGGUUUGCCUGGGAAGAUUCAAAGUAUCCUCUUUCAAAUGCACCAGAACCUAAGAGGCGAUUUAUUCCUUCCAAGUGGGAGAGUAAAAAGGUUGUUGAGUAUGUGAGGGCAAUUCGGAAGGGUUUAAUAAAAUUUGACAAACCAAAAGAAGAACCAAGGUUCUAUCAUCUGUGGGGAGAUGAUUCUAGCUCAAAAGAAAAGACUGGUCAUGGAUUGGCUUAUAUUCCUGCACCAAAGCCAAAGUUCCCAGGGCAUGAGGAAUCCUAUAAUCCUUCUUUAGAAUAUAUUCCAACCCAAGAAGAAAUUAAUUCUUAUCAGCUUAUGUUUGAGGAGGACCGACCUAAAUUUAUUCCAAAAAGGUUUACAUCUUUGAGAAGUGUCCCAGCAUAUGAGAAAGCUGUCAACGAAACGUUUGAACGUUGUUUGGACCUAUAUUUGUGCCCUAGAGUCCGGAAAAAACGUAUCAAUAUUGACCCUGAGUCUUUAAAACCAAAGCUACCAAGUCGUAAAGAUCUUAAGCCUUAUCCAACAACAUGUUAUCUAGAGUAUAGAGGUCACAAGGGUGCAGUUAUGUCAAUUUCUACUGAAGCUUCUGGGCAGUGGAUUGCUUCUGGUUCAAGUGAUGGAACUGUGCGUAUAUGGGAGGUUGAAAGUGGAAGAUGCCUUAGAAUCUGGGAACUUGGUGAAGCUGUGCAGCAUGUAGCAUGGAACCCUGCACCUGACCUUCCUAUCUUGGCUGUUUCUGCGGAACAGUAUGUUUUUCUUUUAAACACUGGAUUCGGGAAUGAAGAAGAACAGAAAAGGAUUAAAGAACUUCUGCAUGUUGAGACACGCACAGGACCAGAUGACUCUGGUAAUGCCGCAUCUGUUGUCAGCUGGGCUCAAGAUGAUAUACACAAGGGAGUCAGGUUAAAGCAUUUUAAGACUGUAUCUUCUGUAGAAUGGCAUCGCAAAGGAGAUUACUUCUCCACAGUUAUGCCGGCUGGUGAAUCGAGAGCAAUAUUGAUACACCAACUUUCAAAGAGACUCACCCAAAGACUUCCGUUCAAAUUGCAUGGGCUUCCAGUGUCAUCAACCUUCCAUCCCACCCGUUCUAUCUUUUUCAUUUCCACAAAGAAGAAUAUCCGUGUAUAUGACUUGUUAAAGCAAAAGCUCAUCAAGAAGCUCGAAACCGGGCUCCGUGAAGUUUCCUCCAUUGCAAUUCAUCCUGGUGGUGAUAAUGUUAUUGUGGGGAGCAGAGAAGGAAAAUUGUGUUGGUUUGAUAUGGACCUCUCAUCUAAACCUUAUAGAGUUCUAAAAUGUCACCCAAAAGAUGUUACCAGUGUGGCCUUUCAUCGUUCCUACCCUCUGUUUGCGUCUUGCUCUGAUGAUUGCACAGCAUAUGUUUUUCACGGCAUGGUUUAUUCUGAUCUAAAUCAAAACCCUCUUAUUGUUCCACUGGAAAUUCUCCGAGGGCAUGCAAGUGCGAAUGGAAGAGGAGUAAUGGAUUGCAAGUUCCACCCUAGGCAACCAUGGUUAUUCACUGCAGGUGCUGAUUCAGUGAUCAAACUGUACUGUCAUUAAAAAAAGAAAAGAUGGUGAAUUGCCCUGUCUGUGUUUCAUAUUAUUAUUGGUUGAAAAAUAUUCUCACUUCAGCUAAAAUGGAUGAUGGGGUCAAUCAAUCUCAACGUGGAGAUUGGGCAGCUGAAGUGUGUUUCAGAUAUAUGAUUCAUUUUUUGAAGGGGAAGAUGACAAAUCAAUAGUCAUUUCCAUAUCAAAGUUUUUGACAUUUGCUUGUUUCAUUAUGUUUAAUUGAAUUGGUUGAAUUGUAUUAUGCCCCGACAUAUAAUAGAUUUCUCUUAAUUUUGCUUGUGUUCA